GCCAACAGUGCAAGAGGAUGGUGGCGAUGUUAUUUAUAAAGGCUUCGAGGAUGGGAUCGUGCAGCUGAAGUUGCAGGGUUCGUGCACCAGCUGUCCCAGUUCCAUCAUCACCCUGAAGAACGGGAUCCAGAAUAUGCUCCAGUUCUACAUCCCUGAAGUCGAAGGUGUGGAACAGGUUGUUGACGAUGAUGACGACGUGGAGAAAGAAGCAAAUUCUACUUGA